CGUGUCUGCAGUGCGCCGUCGCCGUCGCCACAGCUGCUCCGUAAACGUACGAAAUUCGUUCGGCUCGUGUGCGUGUUCCACAACAACAUUCCUGUUGCCAAAUUUAACGAAAUCUGUUGAACCAAAAAUUUUUCAAUUCGUCUAUUGAAUUUGCUUAUUGGUCGGCCGCAGCUCGUCACUGGACUCACCUACAUACAUACAUACAUACUCACGGCAUAUACUCGGUAUAUAUGCUAGUAGCAUUUGAGUAUUGUUGUUCGAUUGUUCGAUUGCGUCCGUUAUAUGAUUGCCGCUUUGCUUUGUAAUACUUAUUGUUCCUGUUUUGUUAUUGUUUUUGUUAUUGUCUCGUAUUCGUGCGCGUUAAUCGCUGACGCUUCGUCGAUCUCGUCUAAGCUGCUGCUGUUGAGUGUUGCUCUUUAGCUCGUUGGCUUUAGCUCCGCUUUUGGCCUAACGCCUGACGGACUAUCAGUGCUGCAGUGGAUUUUUCGGCUGCGGGGUCUACUACUUUUGCACUGCAUUGCAUAAAAAGUAGUUCAGUGAAGUGAACGGCUUCAGCAAGUGAGUGUCGCGCGUGAAUGCAUCCGAAUCGCGGAGUUUAUGGGCGAAGCAGAGUAUUUGAAUUUAACGGUAUUCUAGUAAGCAACUGACUAACGCAGGCGUACUAAGUGCUACAACACCAGAUAGAAAAUAAACAACUAUAAUAAAUUAAUUGGAUUAACAUAUUUAUAACGAUGACGUUUACACUAUCACCAGUACGCCGCCUCGUAGCUGCUUCGGCGCUGCUAUUGCUUUUCAGCCACGUUAAUGCUAACGGUUAUCAUUAUGGACCACCGACGGCACCAUCAGCACCGGCACGUCCUCCCAGUAAUUCAGGUCAUUACUUCGGACCCAUCCCUACUACAGUGCCACUACCACCGAUACCAGCUCUGCCAGCUCUACCCACUGGUCGGCCACGUGUACAGCAUUUCCUGCCAGGUCCGCCUCCCACACGCACGCAAACGCAGACAAUCGUCCAAGUGCAUCCCGGUUCAUCUGCGGCACCACGUCCAGCGCCGCCUCAACAACUACCUCCGUCCGGUCCUUACAAUUCGUUCGGUGGUAACUUCGGUGAGCGCUUACCAGCACAAGCACAACAAGGUGGUGGCUAUCAUUAUGGACCUCCUACCGCAUCAGCGCCCUCUGCACCAUCAGGCCCUGGCGGUUUUCCACAGGGUCCACUCCAACCACAACCUGUACGUGUGCCAUUCGGUCAACAACCGAUUUACAAAAUUGGCAACGAUCUCGGUCCCGACGGUGAUUUCUACGUGGUCAAUGGACGUCAGUUGAAGCAAUACGCCGUGGUGGAAUUUGUCGACAACGAUAUCUCACAGGACACCAAACCGUUUCUCACACAAUCGUUCGUGAAUAAUUAUCGCGCACUCGUAGGCGCUUCUGGCACCGGCGCUAUUGCACCACUACCCUCGGCCAUGCAAUUGGAUUCCGCGGCAAAUGCGAUUUUACGUGAGCAGCAACGACUCGCCUUCAGAGGUGCCACCGCAAGUGGUGACACGAUCGCUUUAGGUUCGGGCGGCAUCGGUUAUGUGCGUCUGCCCGAUGGCAGCAUAACUUUAGGUUCGGGCUCGCUAAACUUCGUAACUGGCCAACAACAUUUGUCCGAGCUGCGGAAUGCGCGCACACGCUCCGAGUCACAACGCGAUCCACUACAUUUCGGUCAUGGCCCAUUGGAGGAUCCUGCUAUACAAGUGAAUGGAGUGUUAAAUAAUGGCUUCUUCUGAGACUUUUUCUGUUGCCUUAAGUACAUAUUUGUUUCAUGUCACUCACUCGCUUCUAUCUAAGAAAUUUAAAAUUUAUUUUUUUAUGAUUUUUGUUUAAACGCUGAUUUUGUUCUCUUUUGUAAAAUAUUGCUGCCAACUUUAGUUUUAAGUUAUUGAAGAGGAAUAAGCAAGCUCAAAUAACUGUAUAUAUGUAAAUUUGCAUAAAUAUUUUGUAUUUGCAAUGCAUAUACGAAUUAAUUGACCUACGAAGCUUAUGUACACACUAAUGUAUAUAUACAUACUACUUGCCUAUAUUAAAAUAAAAAAAUAAUAUUUAA